AUGCAGGUCCCGAAGAGAAUUCAAACUUUUGCAUGGCGAGCUUGUAGGGAUAUAUUGCCUACUCUUACAAAUCUGAAAAAGAAAAAAGUAGAUGUGGAAGAUAGAUGUUGUUUCUACAAGGCAACCCCUGAGGAUGCUCAUCAUGCCUUAGUUUCUUGUCCAUCAUUCAAAGGUUUAUGGAAGAAUUAUAUGCCUAUCAUGCAACAGUUGCCUCUAGACUUGGAUUUAUUGGCUGUGACUAAUUUUAUUCUUGAUAGAGGAACAAAGUUAGAGUUUACAAUGUUCUUUCUUAUAACCUGGGGCCUGUGGUUCAGACGCAAUAAGAUGCAGAUGGAACAACUUUUGCUUCAGCCCGAUCAGGUUAUAAAGCAUUCUUUGUCUAUGCAUAAAACUUUUACUGAUUUAAGAAGUUCAUCAACUCAGAGUGCCAAAAGAGUAUAUAGUUGGAAUCCUCCUCCAAGAGGUUUUCUAAAAUUGAAUGUGGAUGGAGUUGUGUUUUCAGAUGUAAGAAAGGCUGGAGUGGGGGUGGUACUUCGCGAUGACAAAGGUAAACUAGUGAUGGCUACAAGCAAGAUUGAAAAUGAGGUGGAUAAUCCAUCUACCAUUGAACUGUUGGCCUUAUUAAGAGGUUUACAACUGGUUGUCUACUUGGGAUUUUCAAAACUAGUUGUUGAGAGUGAUUGUAUGUUGCUGGUUCAAGAACUUAAAAAUGAACAAGAUUCUUUGUUAGCAAAUGAUAAUCUUAUUAUGGAAGCUAAGAGCUUGCUACAACAUUUUCAAGAGGUUGAAGUCCAAUAUGUGCAUCGAAUGAGGAAUGAGGUAGCUCAUAGAUUGGCACGUUAUGCUUGGAAUGUUGAUAAUAUUUCUAUGUGGUGGGAGCAUCUUCCUACUUUUGUUGAUCAUUCUCUUUGGAUUGAUCAAAACAAUAUGUAUUGA